UAUUCAUCUCUUUCCCUUUCACUGUAAACUUGGGUAUCAGUUAGUUUUUGUUCUUAUCGAACAGCCAUUUUAUCUCUUUUUUCAGAACAAUACUCAACACACACUAUUUCCUUUUCUGCAAAAAUCGCCUAAGAUAUUUGUAUUGAUUUAUCUUUAUUGAUGCUCAGACGGCAAGAUUUUUGGGUUUGAAGAUGCAUUUUGCGACAUGGAAAAGUGGGUUUGGAGAGCUGAGGCCUUUGAUUCACUUGUUAUUGCCUUUAUGUGUUCAUUGGAUUGCUGAAGAAAUGACUGUUUCUGUUCUUGUUGAUGUUAUCACUAAUGCUCUUUGUCCUGGAAACCCCACUUGCCCUCAAGCUAUUUACUUCAAUGGAACUGAGCAAACGGUUGUUGGAAUUUUCAAAAUGGUAGUUCUUCCACUGCUUGGUCAGCUUGCGGACGAGUAUGGUCGAAAACCUUUACUACUACUAACAGUAUCAACUAGCAUAUUUCCUUUUGCAUUGCUUGUUUGGGAUCAAUCCAAGGGUUUUAUAUAUGCUUACUAUGUGCUUCGUGCAAUAUCAAAGAUACUGAGUCAAGGCAGCAUAUUCUUCAUUUCUGUUGCAUAUGCCGCGGAUCUUGUACAAGAAAGUAGGAGAGCUGCAGUAUUUGGUUGGAUCACUGGCCUUUGUUCUGCUUCCCAUGUUAUUGGGAAUAUGCUAGCACGGUUUCUUCCCGAAAAGUACAUUUUUGUGGUCUCAAUAGUUCUUCUGAUCUUUUGUCCUAUCUACAUGUAUUUCUUCCUGCACGAAACGGUAAAACCAGUGCCAAGGAGUGAUGAACAACUCAAUUGCUUAUCAAGGAUGAUCAAUGUUCUCAAUAGACGAUUCAGAACUAUGAGAGAUGCAGCCGAAAUAGUCAUCAACAAUCCAACACUUAGGAGCAUAACUUAUGUUUCUUUCUUCCAAGAGUUGGGAAUGACAGGCAUCACUAGCGUCCUAAUGUUCUAUUUGAAGGCAGUUUUUGGAUUUGAUAAAAACCAAAACUCAGAAAUCUUGAUGCUCGUCGGUAUAGGUUCGAUUUUCACUCAGAUGUUGGUGCUACCACUUAUAAAUCCACUGAUUGGGGAGGAAGCUAUAUUAUGCUUGGCAAUACUUGCAUCAGUAGCUUAUGCAUUGUUCUAUGGCUUGGCAUGGGCAGCUUGGGUAGCAUUCUUGGCUGCUUCAUUUAAAGUCGUAUAUGUUUUAGCAAGACCUGCAAUUUAUGCAAUUGUCUCCAAAGCUUCGAGCUCAAGCAAUCAGGGGAAGGCCCAAGGAUUUGUUGCUGGCGUGGAGUCAAUAGCAAGUUUAUUGUCACCACUUGCGAUGAGUCCCUUAACCUCAUGGUUCAUUUCUAGUGAUGCCCCUUUUGAUUGUAAAGGCUUUAGCAUUGUUUGUGCCUCCAUAUGCUUGGUGAUAUCUUUGUGGCAUGGUUGUUGCCUACUGAAGGCCAAAGGACGUGAAAACGAGGAGGAUGACAUUGAGGAACCACUUUUGAACGAUGCUUAAAUGUUUAUUGAUAUAACAAUAAAUAGCUUUAUACCAACAAAUUGGAGAAUAUUAAUUCUCUGUUAUAUUAAUUUUUAUGUAAAUAAUAGAAACAUCCUCAAAUUUAAAUAUCAUUCGUUGCUCGGUCUUGGAAUUAUU